ACUUCUCCCUCCUGCUCUCUCUCUACAGUAUGUCUCAUUUGUAGCCAAAGUAGCUUGCUGAACCGAUCCACCGCAGUGCCUGGGACAGAUUGAGUGAAAGAGAGAGUGAGGGAUUUAGAGGAUGGGUAAGGGGACUUAAGGGUAAACACACAGAAGAGAGAGAGAGAGAGAGAGAGAGAGAGUGAAGGGGGGAAGAGAGAGAGGGAGAGAAAGCCCAGAAAUCCACCACCAAGCCUCCCUGGUGUGAGGUUUCUUGGCUACUGACGUGUGCGCACGACUCGUGGCAGGAUGAGUUCGUGCAGCAGCCGUGCGUUGACUAUCCUGUCCACAGUGUUCGGAGCCUGCGGGCUGCUGCUGGUCGGGGUGGCCGUAUCCACGGACUACUGGCUGAUCAUGGUGGAGGGCAUCAUCCUGCAACAGAACCAGAGCAUGGAGGUGAAGAUGGCGCUGCACUCAGGCCUCUGGAGAGUUUGCUUCGUGGCUGGAUCAGAAAACGGGAGAUGUGUUGCAUCAGAGUACUUCACCGAACCCGAUAUAGAGAUUACCACUGAAAACACUGCAAACAUCCUCAAGAUGGUGCGUACAGCCACGCCCUUCCCGAUGGUGUCCCUGCUCUUCGUCUUCACGGCCUUCGUCAUCAGUAACAUCGGACACAUCCGGCCUCAGCGCACCAUCCUGGCCUUUGUGUCCGGCAUCUUCUUCAUCCUCUCAGGCCUCAGUCUGGUGGUGGGCCUGGUGCUCUACAUCUCCAGUAUUAAUGACGAGGUGAUGAACCGGCCCAGGGAGCCUGAGCAGUUCUUCAACUACUACUACGGAUGGUCCUUCGCCUUCGCUGCCUCUUCCUUCUUACUAAAAGAGGGCGCCGGGGUGAUGUCGGUCUAUCUGUUUAUGAAGCGUUACGCUGAGGAGGAGAUGUACCGGCCCCACCCGGCUCUCUACCGCCCCCGCCUGUCCGACAGCAGUGACUACAGUGGCCAGUUCCUCCAUCCAGAGUCCUCUUGGCCCCCACCGAAGCGAGGCCGCAGCACCUCCGAGGCCUCCAGUGACAUCUCCAUCCAGCUCAACCAGGCACCACCAGCGCCGACCAAGAGCAGCCUCCAAGUGGGCGGCCAGGGAAGCCCGCCCUCUGGUUCCUCUUCCGCGGGGAGCUACCAAAUGCCCCCUCAGUCUGCCAGCUACCCCUCCACACACACCCUGCCCAGGUCACACUCCUCACAUCCCCAAGGCCAGGCUCUCCCCAUGGCCAUGCCUCCAUCGCCCAUACCUCCCCCUCACUAUCACACACACAUGCAAAUGAGCGCCUCCCCCUGUUAGGAAGAGGGAGCAUCAGGGAGGGAAGGAGAGACGCUGACUCUUCAUGGUCAUAUAUACUGUACAUUUAGAUGUGGAUGAGAGUAAAUGCUGAGCUUGGAUCACAGAUGAGGUGAGGUGCAAAAAAUGUAGCUUUGGAACAAUAUGAAGCGAGGACAAAAGAGGUUUCAGAAAUUUAAGGGGGAAGAUUUUACACCAUGGUGUUAGAUUUUACACCACCGUUUUACAGAAACGGUGAUGGACAGAGAGAGGCAGAAAAAGACGAACGUGGGGGAAGAGAUCCAGGAAUCCAGUUUGUCUGGAAGGAAAGAGGGUUUCCUAAAAAGACUUUAGAGGUUAGGUUGAGUGACAGUGGAGAUACAGGGGAGGGAGAGUGAGGCAAGGAGAGAGCGAGGGGCUGCGGUACAAUAUGAAGAUACUGCAGUGCUGCGGGAAAUUUGUAUGCACUUGGAAAUGUACAAUGCAAAACACUGAUCACAAAGACUGAGGGUGCACAUAGUUUUAUACAUACAUAAUUCAUAAGAGUAAAUGGACUCUGUACCUUUUUACUAAAAGGUAAAUGUGGUUAAAUAUACUCUUGUCUUCUCUGAAUUUCUUACAUCAUCAAUCUAGUUUCAUAACUCACAACGUCAAAGUAGUAUUAUAAUAUUAUGAAUUAAAAAUCAUCAGUUAGCAAUAGUAAGUAAUUCUGAGAUGAACACAGAAUGUGAAUGUUUGUAAGACAAAAUACAGACAGGAGUGGAUGAUGUUCUGAAAUAUCAUGAGGAGAAAUCAACCUUAUGUUUUACAUAUUUGUUUGAAGAUAAAAAUUUCUAACUUCUUGUAUAUAAAAUUGCACAGGGGGACGUCUAUAUAGCUGUUGUAAAUUAUGAAUGAAGCUUUGGCACAAGUCACGUCGAGACAAUAUCUGACUCAUUCUGCAUUGGAUGAAGACUCUGCAACAGGCACACAACCACCAACAACACACCCUCUGGAUGCAGUGCAUGCUGGUUUGAAGGGGAACCACCCGACGCUGAUGCGGGGUCUGAUGCCCUCUACUGGCCACUGUUCUGCACUAACCCUGUACCAGCCUUGAGUCUACAGUUGUUAACAGCUUUUUCACGCACCCUUCUCUUCCUCGCUGACCUGCACUGUGUGUCAGUAGAUGGUGCAGCACAGAGGGGGUUGGACCGAAGCCGGUGUCUAUCCAGAAGUGGAGUUGCAGUGAAUGUCAGGAGACAUUUUGAGCUGUACAUGGAUCUAGAGAUAUGCUUUAUGGAGUGGUUAGACAUAUUUUUUUAAAGCUCCUAUGCUCCUUAUAUAUCUGUACAACUCACGUGAUGAAAGUAUUAAUUACAUUUGCACUUACUGCAUAAAGGACGAUACCACUUUUUAUGAAAUGCAGGUCCUCUAGUUUUAAAGUUACAUGGACAAAGUAGAGGCCACUGUUUUAUUCCAACAUAUUUGGUGAUCAUAUGUUUUAGAGGAGGGUAUGAAAAAAUAAUCGUUUGUUGAAAAUAUGAUCCUGAGCCAUCUUGUGUUUAUGGCUGCAACUUCUUCUACUAUUUUCAUCAAGGACCAAUCUACCCAUUAUUUUCUGAAUUUAUUAUUUUAUUAGCAAUGCUUCCCCUAUUCUGCAUUUAUAAGCAGGAUAUAAACAUGAGAUAAAUAUAGAUAGAUAAAGUUUAUGACACACUAUAAUGUAGUUAUAAGCAGAAGUGUUUAUUCGUGUAUUGUCAACAACUGCAAUUCCUCCUGUGGCCACCCAUAAGAAUAGGCUGGUGUACAAACAGAUAAUGAAUGACAGUGCAGUUAAAAAAAAUAUUCAUUCAUAGAAGUUAUAAUUGCUGACAAAUACUAUACAUUAAUGAUCAACUAAAAUGUCCUUAUAUCUUCUUACAACUACUGCACAUUAUAGUGUGCCUAAAACCUACAGAUAUUCAGUUUAUCGUGAUAAAAAUAUCAAAUCUUCACAUCUGAGAAGCUGGAACAAGGAAUUUUAUUUUUAUUUUUAUUUUUAUUUAUUUAUUUAGUUUUUGACAUUUUUGCUUGAAAAUUGACUGUUGAACGACCAGUAGAUAAAUGAAUUUAUUAUUGCAGCUGUGAGCAUGUUGCUUUUGUUCUGAAAAGAUAAAGUGGUUCUUCCAUGUAUUACCUUUCUGUAUUGUAGCAUUUCCUUAAAACAUCAUAAAGUAGCAGGCUGUACAGUAGGACACUGCGAGAUGUUUUGAGCCACCUUGUUUUAAAUGCAUUUUAGUCAAAUAGGGCUAUAUGGUGGUGUGUUGUAGUGACUAAUUUACAUUUUCAGAUGCUCUUGAAGAGAACAGUAAUGCUCGGAAUAAGCUGCUCUCAAGUACUGUACAGUAUGUAAAAGGUGCAGAAUAAUAAUAAUCUUGAACAUGAGCUCCUCUCAAGAAAAGAAGGGCCUGCGCAUCAUAAACAGUGGUAUUUAAAUUUAGAGCAUUUCUAUUAUGUUUGUUUGUUUUAAAGGCACAUCAUGCACAGGGAUAUGUCCAUGUGAUAUAUCUCUGUAAUGAGAAUUAAACCACCAUGUUAUUGUGUAAUGGUUGGUUUUCAUUAUCACUGUGAUGCUGGAGAGAGGGAAACACACUGAUGUCCUACAGAUGAUGUGUGGGAUGGCGAUCAUUAAGACUUACAGGGGAAGAUGUAAAGUGAGAUCACUGAGAUAUCGUCGUAUUUUUUUUGCAGGGCUUUGUUCAUCAUGCAUGCAUUUUCUCAACAUCACCCUGCUUUUUGUUUAUGCGGCUGCACAAAUUCAUGUUGAGGUGAAGCCCAGUGCAGCUGCAGCCUUCUGCUGUUGGUUCUGCUGUUACAGGUAGGGAGGGUUAAGUGCCUUGCUCAAGGGCACCGGACAGUGACUCAGCUGCAGCUUUUGAAGAAGAUCCAAGUAUUUCCCUUACUAGACUUUCUCAGCCAUUAGACACCUAAAUCUUCUGGUUAAAAGUCCACCUCUCACCCUUAGACUGCUGCCGACCCCAUCAUGACCUUUGCGACUGUGGACAGCUGAGAAGCAUUUCUGUUCUUUUCUUUCGUUUUUUUACGUAUAAAAUCUCCUUUUUAACAUUUAGAGCUGUUCAAUAAUCAUUCGGUGCCUCUUAAACUGCAGCAGUUCUUUUUUUUUUUUUUUUUUAUAUCUCUGUACCUCUUUGUUUUUCCCUCUCUACCCCCAACCUUUUUCUUUGCCUCUACAUGAUUAUAUAAAAGGGUGUAGCUGUGCUUGCUUCUGCAGAGAGCCUAGUCUUCUUGCACAUGACCAUCUUUGUAAAGAAAACAAAAUGGGUAAAACAAAUGCUUUUCAAUGCUUCAGUGGAACCAAUGCUGUAUAAUCUGGAGAUACAUAAUUCAGUAGGAAUUGUUAUAAGAUCACUGUUCUUGAAAGUGCUGACAUCUGUCAACUCACUUUCAUCUGAUAUACAUUAAUUAAACUUUUAACAUGGAUUCAUUUCA